AUGGAAGGUCCUAUCGAAAAAGCUAACGGAGAUUCCUCUCCUCCGGCAAAUUCAGAGCCGUCGCAAACACACAGCAAAGAAGGAAAUGCGCCGGUUCCUUCAACCAGCCAAGCCCCAGAAGCCUUGGUAGACGGCGGCCGAGAUGCGCAGAGUCCGAAUGGGAAGAAAAGAAAGCUCUCUGAAAGUGAGCCGCAGCAAGAUAAGCCGAAACAACAGGAAUUUCAACCACGCUCAAAGCGGCGCAGACAGGAAGAACGAUCACAAAAGAACCGAAAGCGUGGAAAGACACCACCAUCUGCUUACUCUCGUCGCGACGCCCCUAUACCUGAAGCCAGACGAUCACCAUCGCCAAUUCGGCGCACUCCUUCGCCAGACGCCCCAGCUCGACAACGAAAACGGCCUGGAGGGGGCGCAAGGAUAAACAGCGCUAAUAUCGAGGCUCUUAGGCGAAGACAGGAGGAGCGAGACCGCCAGCAGCAGGCUGAGGCCGAACAAGCUGCGCAUGCCCGAGGGGUUCAUGACGUGGUGAGACAGCAUUAUAAUGCGGUUCCUGAACGAGGACGAGAAUGGCGAAAGACAGAAAGCAAGAUAAAGGGCCUCCGCAGCUUUAACAACUGGGUUAAAAGCUCUCUUAUUCAAAAAUUCUCUCCAAGCGAAACCUUUCUGGCUAGGCACAAUGAUAGAGAUCUCGCCGGCUCAGCCUCUGUAGCACCGGAGGAAGAGAAACCGCUUCUCAUUGUUGAUCUUGGCUGUGGUAAGGGCGGUGACCUUGGUAAAUGGCAACAGGCUCCUCAACCUGUUGAGCUCUAUGUUGGCCUGGACCCGGCAGAUAUUUCGCUUGACCAGGCGCGGGAACGGUAUAUGCAGAUGAAGAAUCAGCGUGGUCGAGGGCGCCGAGGAAUUCCUAUUUUCCACGCCCAGUUUGCACCAAAGGACUGCUUCGGUGAAUCACUUGCCGACGUCCCUAUAAUCCAACGAGUGGGCAUCGACGAAUCCGUUGGCCCAGGUGGUUCGAUGAUGAGCUCUCGUUGGGGCGGAGGAGGUUUUGACGUCGUAGUGUCGAUGUUUACCAUGCAUUAUGCUUUUGAAAAUGAGACCAAAACCAGACAGAUGCUACAAAAUGUCGCUGGACUGCUCAAGAAGGGAGGUCGAUUCAUUGGCGUCGGUCCUAAUUCCGAUGUAAUUAGCGCCAAAGUUGUCGAGGCGCAUAAGCUACGAAAGCAGAAGGAAGAGGACGCUAAGAAGAGGGCGGCUGAAGAGCCGGAGGAUGGUGAGGUAGAGGAUAGUACAGAUGCAGUUGAAUGGGGGAACAGCAUAUACCGCGUGCGAUUCCCGGGCAAAACACCUGAGGAUGGGAUAUUCCGCCCUGCAUUCGGCUGGAAGUAUUUCUACUUUAUGGAGGAGGCGGUUGAAGAAAUUCCUGAAUACGUUGUUCCUUGGGAAGCAUUCCGGGCGUAUGCUAAUCCCUAUACUUCAUUUAUUACUAUUUUUUUACACCUGCUAAUUCACUAUUACAGAUUGACCGAAGACUACAACCUUGAGCUCCAAUAUCGCAAGCCCUUUUUGGAUAUAUGGCGCGAAGAAAAAGACGACCCCAUCCUGGGGCCUCUCAGUGAACGUAUGGGCGUUAGAUCCAGAAACGAUGGCUCAAUGUUAGUUAAUGACGAUGAACUGGAAGCUGCAAGUCUAUACCAUGCCUUCUGCUUCUACAAGGCGUAA